UGUAUGUCAACUUUUUCAUCAUGAUCAUCAUAUAACAAUUAAAAGAGGCCCUGUUUCCGAAUACCGAAUAAUAUUACUAUUACUCCUACGCGAUUUGUAUUCAUCACAUUCAUUGCCCUGUGAUAAUGAUGACGUGGUUCUACUCCGCCUCUGCGGCCGCCACUCUCCUCGUCUUCUUCAGCCCCUCACUUGUCGAUCUGGAUCAUCACAAACCCCCUCAACUCCCAGGAGUUAGCAUUGAAAGGCCGGUGUUAGAGGUCACCCCUGCCCCCCUUUCCGGUCAUUCAGCUACUUAUGGUGUUGAUGUACAAAACACUUUACGAUGUGCCCGUGUUGCCAUUUAUGGCAUCUCAAGAUUGAAUCUUCUGAGCUAUGCUAGUUCAUUCCACAUUUCUGUGGCUCCCUCAGCCGCAAUCCCAGAGAGGCUACAUAGCCAAGUUCAGGUUUGUCUGCAUAGGGACAAUUCACUUGGAUGGUGUGAGUGCCAAAAGGAUGAAUGGAAGAGCGUGCAGAAGGGCAUAUGGAGUGCCGAUAUGUCACCAUAUGACAAGAGGUACGCUGAUGUGAGGAUUAAUGGUCAAACAUCAGUGUCUGUUACAAUUGCUCUUGAAGAAGAUAUUCAGAAUUUGUGCCUUAUUAGUCUUGUACUUGGAUUGGCACUGCUGUUGGCUCCAAUUAUUAGCAGUCGGGUUCCAUGUUGCCAUAGCAGUUCAAUGGCUAUAGUGAUCUUUCCUGUCAUUAUAAUUCUACUAUUUCAGGUUGCUAUUGUUGUAAUACUGAGCAUCAUCUUGGCUGGAGCUGCUUUAGGUGAUAGAAUUGUUAGGAAAUUUGUUUUCCCGAAACAAGAUGGUACUAAGCAUGCUGGGGUCGCUAAGUUUGUGAUACUGAAAUGGGGAAUGCGCAUCAUAGGAUCCGCCUUCAUUUUUCAGAGCACGACUGAUCCGCCUUUGGCAAAUGGAGCCUUGGUCUCGUUUGCAGCUGUUUAUCUUAUUAUAAAGUGUAUUCACACAUGGCAUGAAGGUUCAGUGAAUGGUAAUCCCCCUCAGCAGUGGAAUAGAGGAACAGAUGGUAGUGACAGCUUCAUGGAAGGGCACGUUUAUAUCUCAACCUUUUACAACAACAGAAAGAGGUUAACAGAGAAUGAGCGGGUUGAGUCAACCCGAAAAUUCACUGAUCAAGCUUUAGCAGAGUUGAUAGCAUCUCCAGCUUUCAGUGCCUGGUUUAUUGCGAAUGCGGACCGGAUACGAGUUGAUCCACAUGAACCAGCCAAGAAUGUCAACAAGUUAAGAGCAUUAAAGGAGCUUUCUUCUAUGGCCAUGGCCUAUUGGAGGAGAGUCAUAAAUCUAAGUAUGAGCAAAACAAAUACUUUGAUUGGAAUAAUUACAGAUCGUGCGAUUUGGUCUGGAGGGUAAAACCAGUACAACAUGCUUGACAUUCUAAUCCAGUAUGACCUUAAUCUCACUGCAGAAGUCUCCAGAUUCUAAAAAUACUCUGAAACUUCUUAUCUACUCUACAGUUGAUGCUCUACCACUCCCUUUGAAGAUGGGUUCAUGGGUUGAGGCGAUUCUUGUAUUUUAUGAUUAGUGUACAGGUUUUUGUUCUAAUUUGUAUCUGCAUAAGUCAUCAUUUUGGGUUGAAUAGAGGGAAAUAGUUCAGCAUUUACUUGCUCAAUUUUAUUUAGUUGUUGGUUAUGUUGGUCUGGGUGUGUGACAGAGAUUCUUCUGUACAAUGUGAUCAAAUGGACCAAGAACUACCCACACAACCACCUGUAUCUUCCGCGACCACUAUGUUCACAACUUAGUUGCCGUCUGUCACCGUCUAUUGUUGAACACCUCCAUUGUUUACAAUCUUGCUGCUCAUGCAUCUGCACCACAUAAGGUUGACGAAAUGAUGUAACUGUCUGGGAAAAGGUUGGGUUUUGAAGGAAGGGGAAUGACGCUGAGAAUGUGUUUCUGGGUUUGGGAAUGUAUAUAUUAUUAUUGGAAUGGCAGAGCUAGAGAUGCAUUUUUGAGUUGUAUUUUGGAGGGGAAAGGAAAGCACACAUUUCAAUAUGUAGUGUAUAUUGUAAUUGUGUAAGCUGUGUGUUUGAGAUCCACGGCCUUGAUUAUAUAUUUUCUUAACCAAAAUAAAAUAAAUAAAAUUUAGAGU